AUGGCAACACGACCUCACGUCCUCCUCCUAGGCGGGCAUGGCAAAGUAUCCCUGUUCUUGACUCCCUUACUUCUCGCCAAGUCCUACGCCGUCACGUCAGUGAUCCGCAAUCCAUCACAGCAGGACGAGAUUCUGGCACUCGGCAAAAACCAACCCGGCAAGAUCGAUGUCCUUAUUGAGUCGCUUGACGAUGUCAAAGAGGCGUCUCAGGCCCAGAAGGUGAUUGACCGCGUCAAGCCGAAUUAUGUGGUCUGGUCGGCUGGUGCAGGUGGUAAGGGUGGCAAGGAGCGGACGAACGCUGUUGAUUGCGUUGCUGCGAAGACGUAUAUCUCCGCCGCAAUCGCAACCCCCACAGUAACAAAAUUCCUCAUGGUCAGCUACAUCGCCUCCCGCCGCGGCUACCCCUCCUGGUGGAGCCCCGACGACCGCGCCGCCGCCGACAAAGUCAACACCGAGAUCCUCCCGGCCUACUACCAAGCCAAGGUUGCUGCAGAUGAGCAUUUGGCUGCGUUGGCGCACAAGCGUGGGAAGGGUUUUCAGGCGAUCAAUCUGAGGCCGGGGACGUUGAAGGACGGGCCAGCUACCGGGAAGGUGAACUUGGGCAAAACCUCCGCCCGAGGAGACGUGACUCGUGAAGACGUAGCGCGUGUCGCGGCAGCACUGCUUGAGCGGGACAAUGUCAGUGGCUGGUACGACUUGCUGCAGGGCGAGGAGGAGAUCGAGCCCGCCAUCGAUAGACUGGCAAAGGAAGGGUGGGAUGCGAUGCAGGACGGCGAAGAUUUGGACCGAAUAUAUGCUCUUGCGAACUAA